AUGUUGCUACACCUUCAGCUCUGGGAAGUAGCCGACAAGUAUUUGGUGCCUGAUCUUCAAGCUCUCUGCACCCGGAGAUUCAAGGAGGCAGCCGAAUAUUACCAUAGUCAUCCAGAGAUGAUUGAUGCAAUCUUGUUCGUUUAUGAAAAUCUUUCUGAGAGUGCGAAGGAUUUGCGGAAGGUCAUAGUGACGAUCGUUUAUGAUAGCCCUAUCUUGCUUGAAGAUGCGGAAAUUCAGGAACCCGUAUUAUAUAAAGAGCUAUGCGAUGUGGUGGUAUUGUUAGCCAAUGGGCGGACGGAUCGGCCAGACCCUUUUGAGGGAAAGUCGCAAUGUUUCCAAAGGAGCAACUGGCCUCAUGUCUCUUAG